AUGGACAAGGCCAGACCAUUUGAAUAUGUUUAUCGACUACCAACAACCACCAUUGAAGAGUUGAACUACGCUGAGGCUGUGUAUGACCGCCAAGUGCUUUUAAACGAGACAUGGCAGUCCUAUGCGUUGCGGAAAGGCAGGCAUGGUGAAGUUGAGGACGAGCACGUUAAGUGGAUUACACGGACGUGGGAGGAUGAGGAACAGGCGCGGGUGGAGCAGCGCCGUUUUUUAGAUCAGGCAAAUGCCGAAGGUGAAGAACAGAUUGCCGCAAGGGAAGCGAUGUUAAGGUCUAAGCAAGAAAAAUCGGCAGCAGCCGUAGCACACAUGAUGGCCUUCCAAGAAAAACUUAUCUCGGAUAGGGCGGUCUGUCGUCAUAAUUUGUAUGUUGACUUUGAUCUUCUUCAGAGUAAAAAGUUUAUUGGAGAACAAAAUAUUCUUGCUCUGGAAGAAGAGUGUUUGAGGUUGUUUCAAGAGGCUGGAUUAGAGGGAUUGUCUGAGGGACUCUUUCUUCAUGGGGACUGUCAUCGAAUCUUCUGUUUGAUGAAAUUAAAUGAUAGACUUCGGAAAGAAGAGGAAGAAAGACAAAGAAUUGCCGAAGAGCGAGAACGUGCCAUUGAGGAAGAAAGAAGGAGGGAGGAAGAGCGGCAGAAAGCGUUGGAGGAGGCUGAAAGACUUAGAAGGGAAAGUCAGGAACAGGCUAAGAUGCUUGAGAGAAAAAGACGAGAAGAGGAACGUCGCGCCAAGGCCAGAUCGGAAAGAGAAAGGAUAAAGCAUGGUCAUAGCAUUCAGGAGGCUUCAUUAUCUGAGAACAAGCCACAAAUUUUGACUGCUGUAGAGGAAGUUCUACCAUCGGUAGUUGAGGAAUUGAAUGUGCCUGUUCUAGAGCAAAAGAGGAUUGUUUUUGUUCCUCCUGAAGGGGAGGAUAUCAUUUCACUUAUUCGCAGUGCAUCUUCUAUUUUAGGUGCUGCUGGCGACACUUCUUAUGUCAUGAAAAUCGACAAGGAGCUGAUGAAAUCAACGGUUGUUUGCCAAAAUGGAUGUUAUUUGGAUGAUCCUAAAAAGGGUGAAACGUUUCAUCUUUUGGGAAAAACAAUAAUGGAAAAAAACGCGUUAUCCGUUUCUUCGGAGAGACUCCAUGGUGCUUCGACGCGUUUCUUUGAACAAUAUUAUUCUUCGAGAGUAGAAUAUAUUGAAAAUAGCCGAACGGAUGGUAGAUGUUUUUUAUUUGAUACCUCGGGAGAAAAAAAGAUGAAGGCGUAA